CAUUUAGAUUUCUCGUGUGUUUGUGAAAUACCUUUCCAUGUACCCAUUCUUUAAUUGGGUUCCUUUUCUUCUUGAUUUGUAGUAGUUCCUCGCGUAUCCUAGUAGUUUUACUUGUGGCAAAGAUCUCCUGCCCCGGGCGGCCUCUGCCCUCCGGCGCUGGAAGUUCGGCGGCGAGGCAGCCUCUCCCGGGGCGCUAGGGCUCCUCCAGCUCUGCCCCGAUGUCGUUAUUACGGCCGUUUGCAGCCUCCGUGCCAGGGCCAGGGGUGCGGUUCGGGACGCGGGAUCCUAGGUCGGGUCCUGCUCCGCCCAAGUGGAGGCCGGCGUCUGUGUUGUCUGCGGUCUCCAGGGCAGCGCCGGGGGGCGGGGGCCCGGGCGGCGGCGGCGGCGGCGGCGGCGCAGGAGGAUGCGGGGCCGCCCGCGUCUUGGCCGCGGACGAGCGCCGGGCAGGUAACGCCUUUGUGAACCACAACUUUAAAUAUCAGCCAGCUGCUCCUAUCAACAAGAGUAUCCCCCUGUUAAUUUUUUGCAUUUUUCAAGAUGAGUAAAAGUAAACUAAUUCCCAAGCUCUCUAUUCAGUCUCCUGUCCGUCAUACCAACUUAAAUGUCCAGCCCACACACCCACCUUUGAAGAAAGAAGACUUACAUCGGAUUUCAAAAGACUCCUUGGAAUCUGAUUCAGAAAGCCUCACUCAAGAGAUGAUGUCCCAUUCUGAGUUUGAUGAUCGAAUCCGGGAUGAUAUGGAGCGCGACAGCUUAGACGAGGAAAGCCCUCGACGGGGAAGCCUGCACGAGACAGGAGAGGAAGCAAGUGGAAAAGCAGCUCGGAUGGCUCGCGAGCAAAACCACCAUACCUGGGACCAGGGCGCCAAUAACAGGCAACAACCAAUAGAAGACAAAUAUUCAGACCUCCGCUAUGACCCAAACUGGAAGAGUAAGAAGGAGGAAGGUCAGCUGCUGUCUGUGGAAGCGUUGCCGGAGUCCCCGGACAGCUCUUUAGAAAAUCUGCCUUUGGCUCCCCUCUACCCUUCCCAGGAGACGUCAGUGGAACUCGCGGGGGGAAAAGGUGAGCAGAAAGAGAGUCCACAGAGUGCAGCUUCUUUACUUGGUAGUGAAUUUUUAAGCCCAAACUAUGAGCAUGGUGGCCGUCGCAGCAAGCCGUUUUCAGAGCUGAGCGACAGUGACCUGGAGGAGAAGUCGAGCAGCCUUUCUCAGUACGGGAAGAGCUCAAGUUCACAUAACGAGGUUUUCCUGCCGGGAUCACGUGGCCCUCGGCGAAGGAAGUCCAAACAACAUUUUGUGGAAAAAAACAAGCUCACUUUGGGAUUACCCACCCCUAAAAUGGACUCUUAUCUUCAACUUCACAAUAAAAAAAGAGGAGAAUCUUAUCCAGAACAGAUCUCCUACCCCGUCAGAGUAACAGACAAGACGUCUAUUCAGAAUGCCAAGGAAAUUGAAAAUGCUGCCAUCGAUCCUGAAGACAAAUGGCAUCAAAGAGCACAACAGCUAAAGAAUUACCAGGAACACUGGUCUCAAUAUGAGAGUACAAAAUCAAGCAGUGUACCAAGAGGGCAGCCUUCUGAAACAGUGAAUGACCAUCAGCCUUCCAGAAGACCAGCCAAGCCCAAGAUUCGAAAACAGCAUAAACACCAAAAUGGCCUGAAGUCUUUCGCAGCGGAAGAGGUGACUGCCAGUCUGGAGAACCAGAAUAACCCUCCCAGGCAGCAACAGAACCAAAAUAAGUCUCUUGAUACUUCACCAAAGCCUGAAUCGAUUGUGAUUAUGCACGCCUCUAACAAUGAUGCACAAGCUUCAAGGGCACUUAGGGGCCAGAAUCUCAAAGAAACCUCCAAUACAUUUGCUCCACCAAAACAGGCUUUUGACAAGGUCUUAUAUAAAAACUCUACUGGAUAUGACUCUGGACUGAAUGUUAAUAAAGAAAGAGGACACAAAGACCAAGAAGAGAAAGGAUUUUCCUACCAGCAGCUACACACCCUUUCUGACAUGGAUUUGAACAACCUUAAUGAACUCUCUAAGAGACACGUGCUCCUGAGCCAGAAAGGCUCUCAGUUGGUUUAUCACAGAAAUGUUCAUGGAUCAACUGAAAAUAAGAAACAACCCAAACAGCCUUACACAGAGACAAAAUACAGGAACCUAGAAAUGUUAUGGAAAUUCCAUUCUUCUUCUGACAGCCAGCCCGUUAGAGCUUCUCCAGAUUCAUGGCUCACCCAGAUAAUGGAGCAGCAUCAGCAAGCCUUGGUGCAGCUGACCGACGUGCAGCCCAGUGAAGGGGCCUUAUCCAGCGUCACGCUUCCACCUAUACUGUCAAGGGUAGAAAGUGAAUCCCAACUCAGUUCAGAGAGAAGCCAAAGAAACCAAGUGAAUAUUAGCCGUAGCAAUUCUGAAGGCUAUCUGUUUCAACUGGAAAAGGGAAAAAAGCAUAAGAAAAGAAGCAGCAGUAAGAACACCAAGCUGAAAGGUUAUCAGAAAAGAGACGUGAAGCUUGGAGGCCUCGGACCUGACUUUGAGUCCAUCAGAGACAAAACGCAAAAAUUAAUACACCAAAAGGAAUAUGCAAAACAAGUCAAGGAGUACAACAUGAAGACACUAUCUGUUCUAUCAAAACCACAAACAGAAAAAGCUCAAAAUAAAUCUGCUAUCCCUCGGCAGAAGGCUUUGGAAUACGCUAAGACCAUCCCCAAACCCAAACCAUCAAAUCUGACUCAUCAAGCAUCAAAGGAACAAAAAAACCCAACCUAUGCUGGGAAAGAAGAAAGUUUACCUGAAAUCUCACUGCUGGAAAUACUACAGAACAGACACGAAAGGGAAAAACAGGCUGUGGCUGCUUUCAAAAUCCUUCACAUCGUAUAGACAACAUUUGAUAGGAAGGAGACCAAAAUUGGUCCAGGAAUGGACGUGGAGAAAAGAAAUGCCACCCACCUUCUCUGCGUUGAGAGUAAUGGCUUAUUAUUAUCAUCUAUCUGCAGUCCAUGCUUGCUUUCUGCAGGAUUUAAAAUAUGAGGCCCAAUUGGAUUAUGGUGCCAUAUUUUACUUUCUAGGAAGAAAAUUUUUUUAAUUAUUUAUUUUCAAAUCAGUUAGAAUUGGAGCUGAAUAAUAACUAGAGAAUAAAGCUUUUGGUUUUAUAUUGA